GAAAGAACAUGUGGGAUAUGAAUGUUGAUAUGUCACCAGUUUCUCUAAGAGUGAGAGAACACCAAUUUCCAUUCAACUGAUCAAAGUCUUCAAACCAUCAACUAUAGACCUUCUCACUGAUUAUCACUUUCUAUCUUUGCAUUUCCAUCUUUUUUUCUUUUCAUAGCCAUGAACAAAUCGUGUCCUGGACCACAUAGACCUAAAAGCUUCAAACAAGAGAGGAACUUGUUGCCAUUCUCUUUUUACUCUCCCAAACUCUCCCUUUACAUCCUAGCCAUUUGUGUCACCCUUUUAAUUCUCUUACAAAUCCAGUCACUCCAUACACCAGCAUCCCCUUCACCUUCAUGGUCUCUCUUGCAACAAUGGCAAAAAUUAGUCAUCAAUAAAACCUUAGCCUUACCCAACUGCACCAAGGACCUGGAGUCUAUGACUCAAAAGCUUCGCGAUUCCGUCACUUUUCUCCCGCUGAAAGACCUACGUUAUGCAAACAAAGCCCUUGAAGGCCACACCUGGUUUAUGAGCUCAUUGUAUGACAUUCGCGAGGAAGGUGAGGUUCAAUACCAACAGUUUCCAUCCGAAUCCUCCAAAGGUCGUUUACUCUGCCUGAACGGCCGUGACAACCAUGAUGGCUCCUGGAACUACUAUGCUUUGGCAUGGCCUGAAGCGCUUCCUUCCAAUGCUACCCUGAUGAAAGGCCUGACUUUUGUAUCUUACAAUCAUUACAAUUACGAUAACAUAUGGCAUGGUCUGUCGGCUGUGGUACCUUUUGUUGCUUGGCAUAGAAAAAAUAGUUGUGAAAUUCCCACUAGAUGGAUCCUGUACCAUUGGGGUGAGCUCAGGUUCAAGAUGGGAACCUGGUUAAACACCCUGAUGGAGGCUACGUUUGGCAAGGUUCCGUACAUUGAAGGGUUUAACGAAAUUAAAGAUGAUGAUAAGCCAGUUUGCUUUGAAAAGGCUGCUGUGAUGAGACACAACGAGGGAGGGAUGUCAAGGGAGAGAAGAAUGGAAGUUUAUGAUCUUAUUAGGUGUAAGGCUAGGGCGUUCUGUAAUGUGAGCCUGGAAAGGAGGGUUGACCAAAAAAAGCCGGACAUCGGAAUGACCUUGCUAAUGAGGACUGGGCCAAGAUCUUUCAGGAAUGUGACAGCUGUGAUUGGGAUCUUCGAGAAGGAGUGCAAGAAAGUAAAAGGCUGCCGGUUAAUGGUGGCUUACUCCAACAAUCUCACCUUUUGUGAACAGGUGAAGCUAAUGAGCUUAACAGAUAUUCUAAUAUCACCACAUGGUGCGCAAUUGACCAACAUGUUCCUAAUGGAUCGAAACAGCAGCGUGAUGGAAUUCUUUCCCAAAGGAUGGUUAAAACUUGCUGGCGUAGGCCAGUACGUGUAUCAUUGGAUGGCUAGUUGGUCCGGGAUGAGGCACCGUGGCGCAUGGAGAGACCCCGACGGAGAAAUUUGCCCCUACUCAGAUGGUGAUCGGCGCUGUAUGUCACUCUACAAAAGUGGUAGAAUUGGAUACAAUGAGACCCACUUUGCCGAGUGGGCUAGAAAUGUUCUAAAUGAGGUCCAAACAAAUAAGUCAGAAGAGGCUUCGAAACAUGAAUCAGCUUCCGUCAAAACUUGUGAUUGUAGUUAAUUGGGUUUUUUUAUACUCCACAACUCUUUUUUUUUUUUGCAAUUUCAUUUUCAUGUAUAGGGAUUUUCCUAUGAAUAAUAAUCCUCGUUCAUAUGCAAUAAGAACAAGUUCGGGUCCU